AUCGUUCAGAUCUACCUUAGCACAGACCCCUCCCCUUUACCACCCUUAACCAAUCAGUGCAAACUUUGGGCGUGUAGGGGUAUUGUUGAUGUCUGCCAGGCUGAGAACUAGGUCAUGGAGCAAAUUGCACCUGUCACCGUUUCAUUGAAGACCUGGCAUGUAAGAUGAGUCACUGCAAGAUAGUUAAUAAGAAGACAACUAUAAGAGUAGCUAUGCUACGGAGAAACAGGAACAGCCGGGCUCAUCACUACGCGAGGUGCGAAAUCUGGCGAGGCGAUGACACAAUGGCCAUGGUACUAGCCAAUGAGAGAGAGGUGUGGGGCGACGAGCGGACCCAGAUCAGCGACUCGGACUCUGAAGAGGAUUACCUGGCCAUCAGCCCAGAGGUCACAGACGCCGUGCCCGACACAGUGCCUGUGACGGGAGAGUCCUACUGCCACUGUGACCACCAGGAGGAACCCAGCUCCGGAGCUCAACUGCAGGUCUCCAAGCCUUUCAACGACUGCCUGUGUGGAGAGGAGGACCAGGGUUUUGACUGGGUGUGGGAUGAGGGCGUUAAGUCCAACGCAGCCUUCCUGAGCUGCGAUAACCGCAAGGUGAGCUUCCACUCCGAGUACAGCUGUGGCACAGCCGCCAUCCGUGGCACCAAGGAGCUGGCAGACGGGCAGCACUUCUGGGAGAUCAAGAUGACAUCACCUGUCUAUGGCACCGACAUGAUGGUGGGCGUGGGGACCUCUGAGGUGAAUCUGGACAAGUUCAAACACAGUUUUUGUAGUAUGCUUGGGACUGACGAGGACAGCUGGGGACUUUCCUACACAGGUAUCCUGCAGCACAAGGGGGAGAAGGUGAAUUUCUCGUCCCGUUUUGGGCAAGGCUCCAUCAUAGGGCUGCACUUAGACACAUGGCACGGAACCCUCACCUUCUAUAAGAACCGCCGCUGCAUAGGUGUGGCGGCAACAAGGCUGCAGAACAAGAAGCUCUACCCCAUGGUGUGCUCCACCGCCGCCAAGAGCAGCAUGAAGGUGAUCCGGGCGUGCUACACCCCCACCUCCCUGCAGUACCUCUGCUGCUCCCGCCUGGGUCAGCAGUGGUCCGACUGCCCCGUCAACCUGAACACGCUGCCGAUCCCCCCGGGCCUGCGCCACCUCCUCCACAACCAGAUGGGCUGGGUGUUCACCCUCAACAACGGCGCCCCGGACCAGUCGGAAGAUUCGGUUGACGAGUCGGACGAAGACCUGGUUAAGGACUUGAAGAAAGACUUGGUGGAGGACAUAAAGAAGGGCCUGGUUGAGGACGUAAAGAAGGACUCGGCCGACAACUUGCCCGACGGCUUGGCUGAGGAUUUGGUUGACGACUUGCUCGACGUAUUUCCAGUGGAGUAUUCAGGAGACUUGUCUGAUGAGUCGCAUGAGGAGGGCAGUCCAUGCACGAGCCCCUGUCUCAGCCCCACGUCCACCCUCAGUGCCUGCUCUUCUCCCAGCCCUGUACCCAACCCCCAACCAUGCCAAUGCCCACCCCUCCAACCCAGCGCGCAGCCCUGCUCUUGCUCCUCCCUGUGCCCCUGCCCAACCUCCCCUCCGGGAAGCAAACUGGACUGUGAGGAAUUCCAGAGGAAAAGAUGCCGCUGGGUAUGACGUUUCUCUCCAUUUAACCACACAGUUCAAUGUUGGCAAUUGGUCUAUUAUGAACCUUUUCUACAAAUGCCAUUACCAUCGACUGGUGGAACAGUUCACAAGUGGGAGAGGGGCAUUUUCAUAUUUUUGCAAAAAAAUAUGUACUCUGACUUCUCUCGUUGGAAACCGAUAAUGUAAAGUAACGUGGUCGAGGAAUAUGUCAAUCCGUUAGGCAAAUUGUAGAAGGAGCAGAAAAGGAUUUAAAUCCGCCUGUAUCACAACCCAUUUGAAUUAUUGGAGGAUGAAAGCAUGCACACCAAAAAAGAUUAUACGUUUUGUCCAUAAACUGUAUUGCACAUCUAGUUAAAUAAGUUUACACAAUUAUUUCAGGAUUCUAUCUCGGGAAACGUAUACAGCUUAAUGACGCCUUAGUGAAAAAGGAUUUUCUAAAUUAGAAUGAGCACAUUUCCGUCCUUGUUGCUGCAUCCUGCCACCUCUCCUUGAUUACCGUCGACCCUUUUCAAAAAGAGCCGAGGAGACGACAGCGGACAAAGGAGUUAGUAAAACCAAUUACGAAAAGACCGGAGCGAUAUUUUGGCUACGAUUUCUAAGACUCUCUACAAGGAAUUCCCUCUCACCUGUGAAUUUCAACAGUGCCCUAUUAAAGCGCUUUUUCAAUGAACUCUCCCCAGCUUGACA